AUGUUGAGUUUUAUAUUCAGCAACCAGUGGAUAUGGACAUUGGUGGUUGGUUACCUGCUGAUGGUUUCAUUCAAGUGGAAUAUAAGCACUGAACGUUACUUAAAAGCUAUCUCUGUCCCUGUCUGGAUUAUGCUGCUCUUUCACUUAGCUUCUGUGGCAGGUUCCUGGAGAAUUCCUGUGUUUCUGGUUAUAGUUGUUCUGAUGACCGUAGGCAUGUUGCAUGAACAGCAGAAUGGAAAGGAGUCUUCUGGGGCAGAGCUUCCUGGUCAGAUGAUUUCCAUUGCUGCUUCAACAAUUGCCAUGGCAAUUUCGAUGACAGAAGAUGAGUCCAAUAAUGAAUGUUCCUCACAACCCUCAGGAGCAACAGAAGGUGAUCAGCCUCCACAUGCUUCAUCAUCUUUCUCCUCCUCUUCAUCCUCUUCUGGGAGCAGACAAAGACCUGAGAUUGGAUCUUUUCUUAGAAAAAAGAAAACUAGUGAUAUUUACUUUGUUACACUUGUGUGGGCCAUUGUCAUUGUCCAGAUCUGGCUAAAUUUCUGGAUUGUGCAGCUAUUGCCCGUGCCUUUUGCAGUUUGGGCACUUAAAAAGCUCGUGGUGCAUUUUGGAGUUUUGAACUUCAUGGCAAACCAUUGCAAAAGUUGGUGGCAACUUGCUGAAAAUUUUGUGAAGGAACGUCAGGAAGCUCUUGCUCCAAGGCCCAUCAGAGGUCUCGGAAGAGUCAUGCUAAAGCUUGACAGUAAGCUGUGGCACUGGCUUAAUAAGAAGAUCAUCGUGUGGUUGGAGAAAAUGCUAGAUAAAAUAAUCAGCAUUUUCAUAAUAUUUUUGCUAGUGAUAGGAACCCUUCUGCUAGCCCUCCUCCUUACUGCAAAGGUACAUCAAGAGAGUGUUCACAUGAUUCAAGUCACAAGCAGCUUGAUCAAUGAGACAGUAGCCAGUCACCCAGAAUGGGCAAACUGGCUCCCAGAAGCCCAGGUUAUUCAGAAGGCGCUCAAUUCGGCAGCUAAUAAUGUAUACCAAUAUGGCCGAGAAUGGAUUACACAUAAGCUCCAUAAGAUUUUAGGAGAAAAAGUGAAUAACACAGCUGUGAUUGAAAAACAAGUGCUAGAGCUCUGGGACAGGCUUUAUCACUCCUGGUUUGUGAAGAAUGUAACGCAUUCUGGAAGACACAAAGGACACAAAUGGCACAUAAACCGUCAAAACAGCUGGCUUGGUGAUAUUCUGGACUGGCAAGAUGUUGCAUCAUUUGUUCAUGAUAACAUUGAAACAUUUCUUUCGAUCCUGGAGUCUCUGUGGAUAGUGAUGAGUCGCAAUGUGAGUCUCUUGUUUACUACAGUUACAACAUUAGUGACAAUCCUCUUCCAUAGCGGGACAGCUCUUCUCAAUUUUGUGCUUUCAGUGGUGAUUUUUCUGACCACGCUGUUCUACCUGUUGAGUUCCAGUGAUGAGUACUACAAGCCAGUAAAGUGGGUGAUAAGCCUGACACCUUUGUCUCAGCCGGGUCCAUCCUCAAAUAUAGUUGGUCAAUCUGUGGAGGAAGCAAUAAGAGGUGUAUUUGACGCUUCCCUCAAAAUGGCCGGGUUCUAUGGACUCUACACUUGGCUGACUCAUACUAUAUUUGGGAUUAACAUAGUCUUCAUACCGUCUGCAUUAGCAGCAAUCCUUGGAGCCGUGCCAUUUCUGGGGACAUACUGGGCAGCCAUCCCUGCAGUCCUAGAUUUGUGGCUUGUGCAAGGAGAGGGAUGCAAAGCCAUUUUGCUCUUGGUUUUUCAUCUCUUGCCCACCUAUUUUGUAGAUACAGCAAUUUAUUCAGAUAUAUCAGGAGGUGGUCAUCCUUACCUGACAGGUCUUGCGGUAGCUGGUGGAGCGUAUUACCUGGGACUGGAAGGAGCCAUCAUAGGACCAAUUCUACUUUGCAUACUUGUGGUUGCUUCCAACAUAUAUAGUGCCAUGUUGGUGAGUCCAACAAAUUCAGUGCCCACUCCAUCACAAGCAGCGUGGCCAUUGCAGAUCUACCGGUCAUCUAGAGAGAGUCCUGAGGAGAUGAAAAUGUCUGCAGAGUGAUGAAGGUGCUGUGCUGCACCUAUUCAACGUGAGAGAAUGGCUAUCUUCUGUCUUGAGUUCACAACAGCCAUGGCCUUGUGUCCCUUUACAGCUGUGCCUAGGAGCAGCUCACAGGGAAGCAUAGCUUGGGUUUUGGAGAAACCACUUCUCGAACAUCUGCUGGCCUUACAUUACCGUGCACUUUGCCUCUUCAGGAAAGAAUGUCUACUUCCCAUGACUUUGCAUACUAAGACACAGUUCAGAUGCCUUCUUGAAGACCUUGCAGACCUUCUGUCUUCAUAAAAAGAAUAGUUAAGGACAGGUAUAUCCACUGGAGUCAUUCUCUUAUCUGCUGAAAUGGUUAACUCUACUUUUAUUUAUUGGGUUAUUUGUCUCAUUAAACUGUAGUAGCUUUAAAAAAAGCUAAUUCCAAAAUAUUUAUUCUCAGUUAAUCUGGUGGCAAAAAAGCUGUUAACCACUCGUUGUUAAGUGAAAGUAGAAGAUAAUUAUUUGCUGCUCCUCAAAGUAUUUCUUUAGAGGCUUUGACCAUCAUCUGUAACUCACAAUAACACUUAAAUAUUAUCCUCUUACAUGCACUGAAAUUUAAUGUUGUUGAAGACCGGUAUUUCUAACAUCUUCCUGAAGUUAGCAGACGUGUAUGUUGAUAAGUGUGGACUUUACUCAUACUGAAACAGGAGGCCUCAGUUACAUAGUUUAAAUCCUGCCCUCAUUUGCAGUGAAGUCUGAUAGUAUUUUGCUCUUUACCCACCAUCCCAGUGGACUCAUCUUGUCAACUCAGUUUAAUCAAAGGCCUUAAGUGUUUUCAGGCAGAGGUAAUGUACGAUUGUCACAUCUACUUCCAGUAAUGGAGAUUGUUUAAUGCUUGUUUUCAAAUGCUGUGGCUGACUUCAGUUAAUUAUUUUAACAAAUUUAUUUCCAAAGAGGAAGGGGAGAGAGUAUGGGUUUUGGUUUAUGUUAGGUUUGUUUGGGUUUUUUGUUAUUGAUUUUUCUUGUUUUCUUCCCUGUAAGACUCUGGCCAAAUAACUUACUAAGACGUAAGAUAUAUCUUAAUAAUAAACUGAGUUCUUAACUUCCCAAAAUGGUGUGUUGCCUAGGUCACAGCAUCAAACUCCUCUAGUGCUUUGCUUCCAUAUGUAAUUUUGCUUACAUUGAGUUUCGGUGACAUUUAAGGCCUUUUGUAUUGAUUGUAGAAAUAUUUUGCCACAAUGGAUCUUUUUAAAUGGAUCCUUUUCUAAGUAGGAAGUGGGUCUUUUUGUAGAAAUUUCAUACUUGAACAGCUUUUCCACAAAUACAGUGAGGCCCUGGGUACAAACAUCGAAGGUGCACAUGCUUAACCAAAGAACCACCUUUCAGUUUCUAGUAACUUCUCUUGAAUUCAUUUCAGAAUUGAUAAUGAGUUAUACAAAAUACAGGCAUGCUUUGCACUUAUUGUGCAAUUCAACACUUGGAAUAAAAAUCUGUUCUUAUCUAGGGAUGGGGAUAUCUAAGAUUUGCGUACAGACAGCUCUUCGUAACAUAGGUGUUUGUUUUACUGGAUUGCAGAAGUGCUGAUAGUUUGAGAAGGUUCUUAACUUCAUGACAUUGCAUGUAUUUUUACAUUGUUUCUAAAAAUAUAUUGCCAUAGAAAGUGAGUGGAAGGUACUCUGAUACCUACUAAGCAACAAGUCCUGCUAUAGGUUUGCAAUAAACAGGCUGCCUAUUAAGACACAAGUAUCCAACUCAUCAGAUUCUCAAAAUCAGCUGCUGCAAUUUUACAGAUGAAAUUUUAUGCUUAGACAGGGGGGGUUGAAUAUGCUGGUUGUAAACUUGCAGACUUACAGGUAUAUGUUUGGAGGACAGACUCAAGCUUAACCUAGUGGUUUGACUCAAGUUCACUGAAGUACGAAAACGUCCCAUUUAACAGUUUAAAUUCUGAAGGAGCUACACAUCAGUUCCAACAUUGAAUAGGAAGGAUGUAUUGUUUGAACUAAAUAACUGUCUUGUGCUUUCAUUCCAUUGGUUUUGUGGCUCACAUAAAAUCUUUAAUGAAACACAUUUUAAUAAUUGUUGCUGCCUAGGGUGGAGGAUGACAAAGAGCCUGAGUCUGUCCCUAAGAGUUCCUGCAACAUCCUAACCAGCUUGAAUGAGACCACCAUGAUACUAGGGACAUUUCUUUAAUAUAUUACUUUUUGUUUAGUUCACUGUUUUGCACUGAAAUAUUGUCAUCAUGACUUCUUGUAGACAGCAUUUAACAAAGAUUACUAGCAAGAAAUAUGUGUCUUUAAUGUAUUCCCAGUUUUCCAUUGCUCCUCUUUGUUCACUGGUCAAGACAUUUCUAUUUUCCAUAUUUGCUCUCCCAGUUACUUCUCAGACAAUCUUUCAGGUUCUUAUGAUACUCAACAUAGUCGUCUUAAAGAGUCAUUAUAAAGCAUCCUUCUAUUUGUCUUUUUCCUCCUCUCCCACCCUCUUCACCUGACCUCCUCAGAACAAAGAAGAGUGUCUGAAGAUGAAAAUUGUAUUUCAGAUAGUUACCUUCAAUAAUGGCAAAUAGGUAAAAUCAACUGAGAAGAUAUGUUGCUAUUUUUAAAUCUUCCUUUCCCAGUGUGAAGAGAAGGUAUUUUGUGUAGAGAAUUUAUAUCUGACGUACUCUUGUUAGUUUGUCCUCCUUUGAAAUGAGCCUUGAUACGGAUGCUUCCUGUUUCAAAUUCAGCUAAGACUUGCCAUGAAGAACCCUCCACAGCACAGUCUUUCUCAGUAAACGUAGCUCUUGCUGUACCUGAUUGGGGAACCAACUGUAUGGUUCAGUGGUAGUGCGGUAACAGUAUAUCGCCAAAAAGAAAAUAAAAAGAAGAUACAAAAUCUUCAAUAAUGCGUUUUGACAAUAUGAAAUAUUCACUGAAUUUCACUAUGUUUUAAAAAACCCCAACAAAUCACCACUGUAUGAAAAAGGAUACCUUGAUUCUUUUUUAGGGUUUGUCUUUAGUAACUAUUUAAUUACCAUUAUAAAUAGAAGAACUUGUCCUUGCAUAUUUAACAAUCUAUAUUAUUUUCUGACAAGGCUCAGCCUCUUUAAGAACAGUUUACAGAAACACAGCAUUGCAAACUCAUCAAGGUUGGAAAAGACCUUGAAGAUCAUCCAGUCCAACCAUUAACCUAACACUGACAGUUCCCAACUACACCA